CCCCCCUUCCUUUACAAGCACCAGGUCUCCUUCCAUGAAAGAAUAGAGAGAGCUCUUCAACUACUCAUAUUUAGAGGACCAGCCAGUCUACUCUGACUCCAUGGCCGGCCUGAGUGUUCUCCUGGAGACCCACAAGAACGGCGCCGGGAAGCCCCAGAUCAUCAGCAAGGCCACCCUGCUCCACAGUCCCAGGGCCAUGACCGCGCCCUCGCCGCCGGCGACGGCGAGUUCCUUCUUGCAGCGCUGCUCCCUGUGCCACAAGGAGCUCGCCGAGGACAGGGACAUCUACAUGUACAGAGGCGACAGGGCGUUCUGCAGCGUGGAGUGCCGGUGCCGGCAGAUCUACCUGGACGAGGACGCCGGCAACAGCAGCUGCGCCAAGGGCGCCGCCGUCCAGCGCGGCAGCCGGCGACCCGGCGGCGGUUUCGCAUACUGACCAACCAAAACAGCCGUGCGUCUUGUGUGGGUGCAGCGCGACGUCCAGGCCGGGAAAGACAGGAAGAAAGAAGGAAGCAGCUAGAGAUGCUUAACCUGCAUGCUAAUGUAUCGCUUGUUGAUUAACAAACUAUUAACGAGUCGUAUUAGAUGAGAUCCAAGAUAGCACUAAUUAGUACGGAGGAAGGCAUACAAAUGCAUGGGCCGGGGUUCGUUCAGGAGAACAGGUAUCUGACAUCUCGCCCGCGUGGGGCCCAGGUACGAGAAGACGCAACUGGUAGUAGUACGUGGCAUUUGGCUGGAUCUACUGGAUAAGAUGGCCAUGACUUGGACCCAUCCUCCUGAAGCGGAUCAGGACUAGAGUAAUUAGCGGAGUCAUUUUCUCACGCCUCUUCCCCAGCUAGAGAUCAGCCUCUUCCCUGUUCACACGAUAUAUGCUGCCUGAGGAGACUCCGAGAAUGACUCUCUGGGUUUUUUUUUUUUUUUUUGCCCCCUUUGUGGAUUCAUUCGCUUUUGUACUCUUUUGGCACGUGGAUGUGUUCAUAUGUGUAAUGCGGAGUACUGGUGUGUGAUGUUAUGUACUAGCUGAUGGUCUUUCAAUAUAUUGAUUGGUGAUGAAAUUUCUU